AUGCCUCCUAAAGUUGAUCCCAACGAAGUUAGAUUCAUUAACAUUAAAGUUUUCGGUGGUGAACCUGGUCCUGCAUCUACAUUGGCACCUAAACUUGGUCCUCUUGGUUUGAACGCAAAAAAAGUUGGUGAAGAUAUUAUUAAAGCUUGUAACGAUCAUAAAGGUAUUAGAGUUAUGGUUUCAUUAAAAUGCUAAAAUAGAGCUGCUGAAGUUACAAUUUUAAAUACAUCUUCUGCUUUACUUAUAAAGGAACUCGGAAAACAUGUAAGAGAUAGAAAGAAAGUUAAAAAUGGUAUAAAAAAAUAUAUUUUAUAUAAUUAUAAUAUUUAUAUUAAUAAUAGUUAAACACAACGGCGACCUUUCAUUAGAAUAAAUAAAAAAAGUUGCAAAAAUUAUGGAAGCUGAUAAUAAAUCGUUCGCAAAAACAUUCGCAGGAACAGUAAAAUCUAUUCUAGGAACUGCUUAAUCUAUUGGUGUUACAGUCAACAAAUAACAUCCCAAGAAAAUUAUUGAAGCUAUUAACAAGGGUGAAAUUAAUGUUUGAAUUUGAUUACUAUUAUUUUUUAAAAAAGAAAUAUUGGAUUUAAUGUUAUUUUAUUUUAUUGUAUUAUUUUUAUUAUAUUUCUAUUAAAAAAAAUAAUAAAAUAUAAUUAUUUAAACA